GUCGAUAUCACUCAGGCCAGCAGACCUCUUCAAGCUUUAUGGCGACGGCGACGGAAGCAAAGCUCAACGAGACCAUCUUUGACCCUGCAACCUGCGUGCGCAAAGGUCUCGCACCGGUCUCGAAGAACCGGACCCCAAAGACGCAUAAUGUCUACUUUGAGAUUCAUGGCGACCCAAAGAGCGCGCAAGACAAGAUCGUGUUUGUGAUGGGCCUGAACAACAGUAGCAAUGCGUGGUCGUAUCAGGUAGCUCACUUUGGCAAGAAGAAGAAUACGCAAGUCCUAGUGCUCGACAAUCGCGGUGUGGGCAAUAGCGAUUGUCCACAGGGACGGUACAAGACGACCGAGAUGGCUCAUGACAUUGUCGACUUGCUUGACUACGUCGGCUGGACAGAGAAAAGAAGCCUUCACGUUGUCGGUGUCUCGUUGGGCGGUAUGAUCGUCGAGCACGUCGCUCUGAUCAUUCCCGAACGCAUCCUGUCGCUCAAUCUGACUUCCACCAAAGCGGGUGGAGGUGACCUUCCCCCGCUCGGCGCAGUAUCAUUGUUCACGAAGCUGUUCACGGGCCAGAUUCGCUCGCCAAAGGCCGGCGUACAAUUUAUCGUCAGGACACUUUUUCCUGCCGCUUGGCUAGAUCAACCCGAUCCGGCGGAUGCGCAGGGACGCACACGUAGAACAGUCAAGGAGGAAGAGUAUCUGAAGCGCUACUAUAUGACCCGACUUCAGCCGUUUCACGGCAGAGUCUCUCAGCUCGGCGCUGCCAUGGGUCAUCGCGUCGACAAGAAGCAGUUGUUGACAAUCUCGAACACGAUACCGAAAGUCAUCGUGUUGACGGGAGACGAUGACAAUCUGAUCAAUCCGAGCCAGAGCGUCUGGUUGCAUCAGCAUCUUCCCGGAUCAGAAUACAUUCUCUUCGAAGGUGGAGGGCACGCGAUACUUGCUCAAGAUCCAGUGCGGUACAAUGAGAUUGUCGAGCGAGUGAUCAUAGAGGCUAAGGAUAGAAGCAAAGACUUUCCGGCGUUGUGACAUUGCAUUUCAUUGCGAGUGUCAUCAGUAAUUGUCACACGGCCAUAUUCCCAUCGACCGCUGACGAUCUCGACGAACAACUCGCCUUGCUCGUCAACAUCCGGUAAGAACAGAAGAUGGCACGCACAAAGCAAACUGCUCGCAAGUCGACGGGUGGUAAGGCACCUCGCAAGCAACUCGCCGCCAAGGCCGCUCGCAAGUCUGCACCUUCGACUGGAGGUGUCAAG